AUGCCUCCUUCCGCAUCCCGCGGCGGCUGGUCCUUGUCGCAGCUUUGGCGCGACGACGAAGAAAAGGCCAGCAAAAAGGAUGAUGAUCUCGGCUUGCCUCGACACUCCAAGCAUGCUGAGCAUUGGCAACCUGCCCCUAAAGCAUCUUUAGGCGUGGCCUCUGUGCUUCGGCUUAUUCUAUACGCCAUUGCCUUCUUCUUGACGGCCUACGGGCUGUUCAGGGUCAUCGGUCCAGCUGCGGGCGCUUCAUCUCUUGAUCCGGCGAAUCUAAUGCCAAUGUAUGAGAAGCCGCGGCCUCCUCCCAGAUAUGAUGAACCGCGGAUGGAGGAGGAUCCUCCUAUCAUCAAAACGCCCAAAACGCCAAAGACGCCAAAGCCUCAAGCCAAAUCUGACGGCAGUGGAACCAAAGCUGCAGCAGAUCCAUCCAAGCCGUAUAACGGACCACUGAAGCUCCCACAUUUGGGCUCUUCAUUGGAAGCCAUCAUGCUCGAAACGCAGGGGAGGAUGCAGCACAAUCGCAAUGUCUUAUUCUCAGCGGCUAGCCUUAAAAGCGCUGCAUUGCUUCUCCCAAUGGCAUGUCAAAUGGCCACAGAGCGUCAGAGCUAUGUGCAUUUUGCCCUGAUGAGCAGGAGUGAUAUUUCCAUCAAGGAGCUGCUGGCGAUCAACGGCAUUGAUAAGUCAUGUCCCCUGGUUAUGCACGAUGCUCGCCCUGACCAUUCCACAACAGCAGCUGAGCCACGAAUGGUCCUUUCUGUAACCCGAGCUUUGCAUUACAUCAACCUCUACAUGCACCCGCAAGCAAUCAUCAUCGACUCUUCAUCUACUGAAGAAAGCUAUUUUCUCUCCGGCAUUGGUGAUAAGAUCCGAGACACGGAAGCUACGUUGAUCGAACUCUCGGAGAAGACGGCUCAGCGAUUCUCAUGGUUAUCUAAGCUUGAUUCUUCUGCUUUAGCAGCUUGGAAUGAGGUCAAUUUUGAUAUUAUUAUACAGGCCCCUCAGCAUGGCACAGGCAACCUCAAACGCUUACUCAGGUCUCUUGCUCGAGCGGAUUUAGCUGGAGUCUCUCCGCCUCAUUUAACUAUCGAGCUCCCAUCAGUGGUCGAAGACGACCUGACCAACUUCUUGAACGGCUAUGAAUGGCCACCAAAGGUUCACGGCGUGGCUCCUAAAACAAAGCUGCUGUCGCUUCGCCGCCGCAUUCCUCGACAGAAGAUGGCUGAAGAGGAGAGCGCUGUCAGAUUCUUGGAGUCGUUUUGGCCAGCCAAGCCAUUUCACUCUCACGUCAUAGUGCUAUCGCCUCAUACUGAGAUUACAUCCCAAUUCUUUCACUAUGUCAAAUAUUCGAUCCUGCAGCGGCGAUACGCAACCAUUGCCAACCGGCAACACUGGGAGAAUAAACUUUUAGGCAUCAGUCUCUCGGCACCCACGACGUAUCUCGACAAUGUUACUCCUUUCACACCACCAAAGGCGCUACAGGGAGAGGAGUCCGAUGUAGAGGGCACGCCAUUCCUUUGGCAGGCCCCCAGUAGCGAAGCGAUGCUCAUUUUUGGCGAAAAGUGGGUAGAGCUUCAUGGCUACGUAUCACAGCUGCUGGAGAAGCAGCAUGCUUCAUCCACAACGCCGGAUCUUUUUGCUAAGAAGAAGGUUGGUAAAAAGCACCCUGCGUGGCUGGAAUACAUGCUGCAGCUGUCGCGGCUUCGAGGAUAUUUCACCCUUUACCCUACUCGUCAGACUGCCAACACCAUAGUCGGCAUCCACACAGAUCUUCAUGAUGUACCGGAAGAAUACGAAAAUGUGAAAACUGCUGAGCAGGAACAAGCUUCCACUAAGCUCGCUUCGGACGGCUUUGAUCCAGCAUCACAUGUAGAUAUGCUGGCUACGCUCCCGCAUGAAGGCGACAUGCCGCUCCUUUACCACUUGCCGUGGUUGACCUGGGAUGGCAAAGACACUGAUGACGCCGCCAUUGCGAUGAGUGCAGGAAAAUAUAAGCAAGCCUUCCGUACACAGAUCGGAGGAUGUAAAGAUGAAAUGGCAGGGUCUGUUCCGGCAGACGAUUCGUAUGCUAGAGAUCUGUUCUGUUCUACCAAUGGUAGAUAA